AUGACUUCCAUUCCGAGACCCAGCAUCGAUGUUGUUCAAAGUGUUGUGCGGAAUCAAGUUGCCAUCGUCACUGGUGCCGCGCGAGGCAUUGGCUUUGCCACCUCAUCCCUCCUGGCAGAACAUGGAGCACGAGUCGUUUUGGUAGAUCUGCGUGAGGACGACCUGAAGGCGGCUUGUGCCAAAAUCGGCGCACAAUCGACAUAUGAGGUUUGCGACGUGAGCAACUGGGAUCAACAGGUCAAUCUGUUUCACCGCGUGUCGACUACGAUCGGGCCGAUCAGCUUGCUCUUCUGCAAUGCAGCGGUCAAUCCCGAGAUUACGUUGCUGCAGGUAUCCGACCCGGUGAAUCAUGCGCGAUUGAACUCACAAGUCCGGUAUAAUUACCUGGCGGAUGAAACAGAUCCCAAGACCGACGCCUUGCAGCGCCCAUCAACCAGCGUUUUCGAUAUCAAUUUGAACUCGGUUGUGUUUGGGCUCAAGCUGGGCGUCCAUUAUAUGAAGCCACAUGGGGGCCGGAUCGUCGUGGUCGCGUCCGCGGGUGCAUACUUGCCCAUCCCCUCCCAACCCCUUUAUUCGGCAAGCAAACACGCUGUGUUGGGGUUAGUUCGCAGUACUGCAUUGAUGGAUGAGGUCACUCGGUCAGGCCUCUCGGUUUCCUGGGUGGCCCCUUGGUUGACCUUGACGUCCAUGGUGGAGGGCCUCGAGGCAACCACCAACCCGAUUCACCUGAAAAGUUCCCCCGAAGACGUCGCCUGGGGCAUUCUGGCAGCCGCGGCGGCCGAGGCACCCAAUGGCAAGGGGUAUUGGGUUCAAGGUACAGCGAUCAGCGAGGUCGAGGGAGCCUACGGCGAGGUGGCGGGGCAGCUGAUCGCGCCGGAGAAUCGGUUCUAA